UUCACAUUCGGAUGUUAUGAAUGUCUGAAUGGUGAAAAGUUGAUCUGGGAUCCAGUGAGAUCACUUGGACGUAAAUGUCGGGAAAGUAAUUAUGUCAGGCAAAUUAGUGAAAAGUGUAAGUACUAGUAUAUAAAAUACAAUCGGGAAUUUUAUCUAAAAUAGCGAAGAAUUUUAUCUUUAAAUAGCGUAGAAUUUUAUCUUUAAAUAGCGUAGGAAAGAGGAAUUUUGAUCAGGUAAAGCAGCGGGGCUCCACCGCCGUCAGGGUGUCGGGAUCACGUCCCAUUUUUAUUUUAUUAAUUUUUGUUUUAAAGCCACUCGAUUAAUGGGCAUAUGAUAUUACUGGGGGAAAGGAUGUAUUGUAAAACCCAAAUUAUGAUGAUAUCGGCUGCAAACUGAGUCAUGUACCAGAAAGCCUAAAAGCUGUUGUUCUAACCAUUUGUAUAGCACAUACGUCAAGGGACUGUUUUUUAAAUCUUUCUGUUUGGAAUUUAAAAUUACCAUAAUUCGAUCAGGUUGCUCUUUUUGGCCGCACACCAUUUUUUCUGGGAGCAAAUAAUGUUGAAGAAGCUCCACUGACGACAUUCGACGGUUAUUCUUCUUCCAUUGGUAAUCUCCGUUUGCUUAUCUAGGUCCUUUGGCAUUACAUUUUCAUGGUGAUAACGCAUUGCAACAUGGCAUAUCCAGAGGAUCUCCACAGGAAUUGACGUCGAUCACUGCGUGUUUUUGGAUGUCCGUUCCUGAAGCGUAUGUCAACAAUCAUCGUGCCAAUUUCGUGUCUUAUGCUUCGUCCGAAUCCACAAACGAUUUUCUGUUAGCAUUACGACCAAAACUGGACUUGCUGAUGAAAAGUAAAGCCUUUAAGUAUGACCUUCAAUCUUUGCUUUCGCAUUAAAUGUGUCAGUGAUUAACUAAUGAGAUCACACCACUAUAGGUGCAUCUAUGAAACGAACUCCAAUGAUAUUAGCUUAUGCGGCAAAAGAGUGAAUUUCUUCUUUUUUAUUUAGUUUUUAUUAUUAUUAUUUUAUUAUUAUGUAUUAAUUUCCCACAAAAUAUUUACAAACAGCAAAAAUCACUACAAUUGUAUAAUGGGCUAGGGACCUUUGGAAGUCCAGUUGGGCCACGGGCAAUAGGACAGGUGUAGUGUUGUUAAAUAAAAAGUUAGAAAUGGUAUUGUACUUACCCAUGUAUUAUAAUUAUGUUUAGAAGAUCAGAAUAUUCGUAAAUUCUUAUUUUGUUUCAUAAAUAGUUCUUUAAUAUUCGAAACAAAUUCCACAUCUACUUUGUCUGCCAUCGCCAUGUUUACUCGUCCCAAUCUACAUACUACACGGCAUUGCCGCCCCUCCUGGCAAAAUAAUAAGCAAGCGAGAAAAAUUAAGGAGAAAAUAAGAGGGUAGGAACACCGUUGUCAUAAGCUGGAUGCAGUGACACUUCCAUAUAUGGCACAAACGUAUCCAUAACUUCCAUAUAUGGCACAAACGUAUCCACGACGCGUUUUAUAACGUUUUAUUUGACGUAGGGAUGACGUGUAAUGCUGCUUCCCGCCUAUGACGAUUUGAAUUAGUCAUGUGAUACAAGAUUGAGAAAGCUGAUUCGCCCAGAGCGAUGAAACGCCCACGAAACGCCCACAGUGUUCCUACCCUCUUAUUUCUCCUUAAUUUUUCUCGCUUGCUUAUUAUUUUACCAGGAGGGGCGGCAAUGCCGUGCAGCAUGUAGAUUGGGACGAGUAAACAUGGCGAUGGCAGACGAAGCAGAUAUGGAAUUUGUUUCGAAUAUUAAAGAACUAUUUAUGAAACAAAAUAAGAAGUUAUGAAUAUUCUCAUCUUUUAAACAUAAUUAUAAUACAUGAGUAAGUACAAUUAUACCAUUUCUAACUUUCUAUUUAACAACACUACACCUGUCCUAUUGCCCGUGCUUAAUCUGUGUCUCGACCCUCGACUUUUAGAUACACUCAAAUAUUGCGACCAUAAAGAUGGCGACGAGGCAGAGGCGACGAGGUAACGAGUAAAUAUCGAAGAAGCUCCGAUGAUCCGAUCCACGGGCCGAAAAUUCGCCGAACAUCUAUUUACAUUUUUCGAAACAUUUUGCAUGUAAAAGUUGUCAAAAAUCAUUUCCUCAACAUUUAGUUUUUUGUUGCAGGAUUUAGUAUAGUAACUGAAGUUGCGUGAAUUUUGGUUGUUGACGUAUGAUAGGUUAAUGAGUGUCGAAGAAGGUCGAGUAAAGAUUUUAAAUUUAGCUGCUGAGGUAGCUGAAACUGAAGACUACAAUGUUCCCAUACGACUAAAACAAUUGCAAGGUAUUUCAGAUUUUCAGAACGUGUCAUAAACUCAUAAUUUGAUAAUUGAGUUGCCAUGUGGCGAUAUUCGUUGGUUAUUCUCAGGUAGGACUGCCUAUAAUGAUUAAUGUACAGUAUAUUUAUAUUUUUUAGAAUCAGCCAUGCCAUUCCAUCCCUGGGACACCCCCGGGCAUUUGCACAUAUUUUUUUCUUUAGGCGCACACUUCCCAGGGCUGAGCAGAAAAUCGAGACUACAUUUAAUAGCAAUUUAACUAGAAAUACAUGCAUGUAACCAUGCUGACGCCAUGGUUAUAGCCAGUGCGCGUUUGAGAGGCAUUCACCCCCCUGAUAAUAUUCAAAAUGACGGAUGUCCAGGGGGGAAUGUCUCCCAUAAGCACACUGGCUAGGACCAUGGCGUCAGCAUGCAUUUUCAUGAUGAAUCAUGGUGUGGCAGCAGUUACUUGAGUCGACCUUCUGUAUGUCUUUAUUCUGUGAUGGCGUAUCGAUAUUAUCACACAAGCGACACUUGCUAGAAGAUGGCGAUUGUGGGACAAUAUUUUUUACUGAAGUUACAGAUCUGUUCAUACCAUUGAAAUGAAUAUAACUGGAAUGCUACCUCCAACCUAAAAUUGGAAGCCAAACUUGAAAGCCAGUCUCAGUCUUUUCACAUAUGUCUGGGGGUCAAGAUUUGACUUCAAGAAAAAGAUAGGCAGUUUAUCUGAAGGUAGCAUUCCAGUUAUAUUCAUUUCAACGGUUCAUACCUACGUGAAAAAGUGAAAAAAAAUCUUGGCAAUGUGAGCAAAAAAAUUCAAGAUAACUGUUUUUUUUUACAAAAACCAUAGUAGCCCAACAAGUAGGUAUUUGAUAAAGGAAAACCACAUGAAAAUAAAAGUCUCCCCAGUUUCCCGAUAUUUAGACCAUGCGCUUCCACACACCACCAAGCGACGUAUCAUGCAGUAGUGCGGUGGUAUGCGGAAGCACGCAAUCUAAAUAUAGGGAGACUGGGGAGACUUUUAUUUUUAUGUGGUUUUACCUUUUGAAUAUCAAACACCUAAUUGUCAAGCUACAUAGGUACACAGAGUAGAGACAUACAGAGACGUAACUAGUGUACCCACUUUUUUUGUGCGCAUGCUCGGCAAGUUACUAGAUGCAUGCAUCUGAUUGGAUGACGACCUGAUGACGACUCACUUUAAACUUGCUGAGCACGCGCAGUUGAUCAUUUUUUGCCCGGUCGCAUGAAAAAAAGUGGGUACAUGAUAACGUAAUCUUCCGCAGUGUUUACAACGGUCAGUUACGUCUCUGUAUGUCUUAUCUACUCUGUGAUAGGUAGCAUAGUUUUGCUUCAAAUUUCCGAUAGCAUUCCAGUUAUAUUAGUUUCAAUGCCACCCAUACACCCAUGAACCAUAGUCAGACGCCCACAAUUAUUGAUGAAAUUUAGACUUCGCUAACGCUUUCCUUUCCCCGGGUGUAAAUAGCUGAGCGGAAAAACCCUGUAAAAAACAUGAAAAACUGCAAAAAAAUUAAACUUUAACUACAGAACUAUCAAUUUCUAAAAUACGGUAUAUAAAGUAGGUACUGUAUCUUAUUUUGCAUUCUAUGGGAUUUAUUUUAAUUAAUGUAAAAUUCAACACAAAACUCUUCAUAAAAUAUUUUUACAGUAAAUGUUCAUUGAAAUUAAUGAACAAUUUGCUGAUAAACUCUCAAUUAUUAAUUAUUAAUUAUUACUUAUACUUUGAAAUUAAACAAACUUAAAUCAUACAGCCGGAAGCUAAUGAAAAAAUUUAAACAAGUUAAUUUUUUGCACUUGAUGAAUAGGAAAGCUGUUUAUGUUUAGGCAAAACGUGGAAAACAAACUCGCCCUGUACUUUAGGAUUUCUCAUAAUCAAUUUUUAAUGUUUACGUUUAAUUAUUAAAAAUUGAAAAAAAAUGUUUUACAAUUAUUGUGCAAAACUAUUUUCCAAGCUUUCUUACAUGUAUGACAAGCCAUUUCGGAAAAAAGGUGGUUGAGAUUAAAAAAGUUGGAUGCUGAGUUAGCAAACGUACAUCGAGAAACACAUGUUUUGUCGAGUUUUAACAAAUGAUAGGUGAGUUUAGCAAAAGUACUGCGAGAAAAGAAAAUUGUGGACCGAGAUAAUCAAAAAGCAAAAACCCACUUGAGAUAUUUUGUUGGACGAAAAACUCGGUUGAUAAUAAUUUUUUUUAAAAAACUCGAUCGAGAAAUAUACAAAAAAAAAUCGGUCGAGAAUUAUACAAGAAAAAAAGUUGGUUGAGAAAUUUGCAUGAAGAUAAAACAAAAAUAAUUUUCAAAAGAUAUCAAAGAUGGUUGCGAAGAUAUUGUAACUUUCUUUUUGUCAUUAAAAAUAUAUAUUGCUCUGUCAUCCUUUAUUCACGAGGUCGAGGUCGAAGAUGGAAAUAUGAGAGAAUAUUUAAGUAUGAAGUUGGAGGACCAUUUUCAGGUAGUCAUUGCAUUACAAUGAGUAAUUCAGUCAAGAAUUGGUCAUGAUGAAUUGAAGGGUUUAUUUGAGAAUUUAGUCGGUGCAUGCAUUGCAUACCGGUAGUCUUCUUGACAAAGUACGGCUGCAAAACAGGCAACACGAACAAGCUCGAACAAGUUUAUAGUCUCGCAAUUACGACACACCGGAGAAAGACCUACUCACUACUGUAAAUAUAUAAUUACCGAAGAACAGAUAAAGGCUUUAAGAGAUACUGUAAUGAAUAGGCAAUUCCAGCUUUUAGUUUAUGCGUGCAGGGGACGAUGGGAAGUAAGGUAUCACAUUGCUGAUUAUGCUGAAAAAUUAGAAAUGGUGGUCGUGUAAACACGGAGUGAUAGCUUAUACUUGUAAAAAUUGAAAUAUUUCGGUUGUUUCGGUAGUUUUUAUUGAAAUUUUUCAGCAUAAUCAGCACUAUGAUACCUUACUUCCCAUCAUCCCCUGCAGGCAUAAACUAAAAGCUGGAAUUGCCUAUAUUGGAAGUCAAUUGCACCGGCAAACUAUGCGGCCUAUGGCUAUGGCCCGCAUGGACAUUAGUGAAAGGACGUUGUAUAACAAGUUAGAAAACUAGAAUUCAACUUGUCAUAAACAUUUUCUGAAAUAACCGAUGCUGACGUUUUCCACCCCACGAUCAACCUGAACACGUGACGGUACCCCCAAAUUUUUGUUCCUUCAACAAAAAAUUGCAAAGCACUAGAAGCUAGAUUGCUUGUGCAACACUUCAAAUAAAUAAUCGCACGACUGUGCCCAUCUAUACAUCCAUGAACCACCAAAGGACAACUUCCAUUGAAUAAGUUUAUGGUUCGUAUCAAUGUGCCAUUAGUGAUUUGGGGCGGCUAUAUUAUAGAUCUUUCUUUGGAUGACAACACGUCUCCUUAUCGCUCUUCCCACUGGAUCAAAAAUUGAACGAAGACAUUCCCGCGCUCUAAACCUUUGAACUCUUAUCUGAUGAGUAGCCAGCCCUCCCCGUACAUACGAUUCCCCAGCAAAUGGAGUUUGCUUUAGUAUGCUCACAACAGCACUUUUCAGAUCAGUAUCGGUUAUUUCAGAAAAUGUUUCUGACAAGUUGAAUUGUUUUAUGUUGUUAUACAACGUCCUUUCACUAAUUCCCAUGCGGGCCAUAGUUCGUGCAAUUGACUUCCAAUUCAUUCCAGUAUCUCUUAAAGUCUCUAUCUGUUCUUUGGUAAAGAUAUAUUUACAGUUGGUCUUCCUCCAGUGUCGUAAUUGCGGGAAAGACUAAACUUGUUUGAGUUUGUUCGUGUUGCUUGUUUUGCAGCCGUGCUCAGGCCUUAAAAUAUCUUUUACAGGGCCGUCUGACAAAAUGUCCGGUGACGUUGAAUUUGGGUCGGACAUAUGUCCGAUGACCUUCAGUUCAGUUUUGACUCGGAAAUAAGUCUGAAUGACACAAAUGAAUAAACGGUAAAUGUUGAAAAGAUAUUAAAUAAUUUAUUCCUUUCAUACUUAUUUCCAAGCCAAAAUUAACUUGCUUUCCAGAACAGCAGUAUUAAAAAAGACUUCGACAACUUAAGCCCGUUUUCCACUUCACCAUUUCGCUCGCCGCCCCGCGCUCGACUACGUUAAAACAACAUUUCCAGUUGACCUUUUAUACAAUAGUACUCUGAUUUUCCAUUUAACAUACAAGCCUCUAGUCCUGGGCUUGGGUACAUUUUGAUUUACGUCGGACAAAGCUACAGUUCGGUCGGACACCAUGCAAUACACUCGGGUCGGACAAACAAUAAACCUCAGUUUUACUUUGGUCAGACAGAAUGUCCGGUGGUUUCCUUUCUACGUCGGACAAUUUCACGAAUGGGUCGGACAAUGUCCGUGACCGACCGAUAUUUUAAGGCCUGGCCGUACUUCAUCAAGAAGACUACAGGUAUGCAAUGCACCGACUCAAUUCUCAAAUAAAACCUUCACUGACCUGCACUGCAGACACGCGUGUCUGGGGAUCAAGACUGACACAUGUUUAUGUCAUGUAAACAUGUGUGAUUGACUAAUUGAGCACUCUUCGCUGACGCAUGCGUGAAAAGACUGGGACUGGCCUUCAAGUUUCGCUUCAAAUUUCCGAUAGCGUUCCAGUAAUCCAGUUAUAUUAGUUUUAAUGCCACCCAUACACCCAUGAACCAUAGUCAGACGCCCACAAUUAUUGAUGAAAUUUAGACUUCGCUAACGCUUUCCUUUUCCCGGGUGUAAAUAGCUGAGCGGAAAAACCCUGUAAAGUUGCAAGCUAAACCCUGUAAAGUUGCAAGAGGAACUUUUCCAUGACAGAUUUCCUUGUUAAAAGCUGCUGAAAUCAUCCCCCAUAAUGGAAAGUACACUUUGGCUGCCACAAUAUUGCUGACCACUUAAUUUUGAUUCAUCUUUGCGGGGAUCUGAGCUUCAUAUAUGAGCUCUCUGAUUGGCUGAUUCAAAAACGAUCUCUACUCUCAUUGGCUGAAUUUGUUCGACUCACUUGACUAUGAUGUUUGUGAUGUUACUCUGAGUGUAUAUCCACACCGGGCAAGCUUGAAAAAUAUGCCUGACCACGGUGGGAAUCGAACCUACGACCUUUGGAAUACUAGCCCAAUGCUCUGCCAACUGAGUUACGCGGUCUGGUCGGUUCGAGUUGGGCUAGUAUUCCAAAGGUCGUAGGUUCGAUUCCCACCGUGGUCAGGCAUAUUUUUCAAGCUUGCCCAGUGUGGAUAUACACUCAGAGUAACAUCACAAACAUCAUAUAUUCACCUGAGUACAUAACACCAGUUGACACAAAAAUUCAUGAUUAUUAUUGAUUGCAUUGAUGUCGAAGGAACUAGAUUCAGUUCCGAAAUAUCACAUACUCGAACCGACCAGACCGCGUAUCUCAGUUGGCAGAGCAUUGGGCUAGUAUUCCAAAGGUCGUAGGUUCGAUUCCCACCGUGGUCAGGCAUAUUUUUCAAGCUUGCCCGGUGUGGAUAUACAAUCAGAGUAACAUCACAAACAUCAUAUAUUCACCUGAGUACAUAACACCAGUUGACACAAAAAUUCUUCACUUGACUAUGUUGCUUGAGGGCCGGUCCCUAGUCAAUGCAAUUUUUGAUAUUGACCUGCUGCAAGAGAUCUGUUGAAGUGCCAAAUUUUCCACUGUGGGUCAUCCCAGCUUUUGAACAAGAAAGAUGCGACCAUCUGUGCGAGGCUUUAUACUGCCUGGUAAUACAAUGAUAAAGUGAAGUAAAAUAGAAUUCAUAAUUAUUUAUGUUAACAUAUAAAAUUAUGUCGUGGAGAGAGUCAGUUACAAAUACUCCAGCAUAAAUGGGCCAUAGACAGAUAGAUUUUGUCCCACAGUUGGCAUAUAUGAAAACAUUGACUGGUCCUUGAUUGACUAGGGUGUGAAACAAUUCCAUAUGGAACAGGGCGUAUUUGCCAUUAAGAAAACCCUUGAGUGUUCUCGCCAGUCUGGAAAAGAAUAGCAUGACUGUAAAGAAUUUCCAGGAAAUGCUUUAAUUUCCUGUUUAAUGUGUUCAUUUGCUGCUCAAUUUUGUGAUUCUUCAUCUAUAAAAUUUGGUUUCUUUUAGAAAUCCUUGGUGACUAUCCUUCUGGAACAGAACUUGGUGCGAAAGUACGCCAGGAUAUUUGGAAUUACGAUGUUCUGCAUGUUUGUUCACUUGGUAAGUUUAGAUACAAGCUAUAUGGUAUAUACCUCUCUAGCAGAUUAGUAGCCUAGCUGAGUUAUCUUCUGCACAACUGGUCUAAAGAACAUUUUCCACAUGGAUUCGCCCACACAGGACAUGUAAAAGUGUUUUGCCCAGGAUGACAGUUGUGGUCCGUUUUUGCGCUCACGUACACCCCAUGAAAACAUCUUUAAGGCCAUUUUCUUGAUAGAUCUCCAGGGUUUGAAAUAGCAUCACCAAUCAGCGAUUGACAAGAAACCGUUUAUGAUCGGUUGAAAUGCAGGGACACCUCUCUCGAAUGCUGACGCCUCUCUCUAAUGCAGACACCUUUCCUUAAUACGGACAUCCCUCUAAUAUUGACACCUCUCUCUCUUUGUCUCCAAUGUGUACACCUCGCUCUAAUACGGACACUUCUCUAAUACAGACCCCCCUCUGAUAUGGACACCCCUCUACUACCGCUCUCUGAUACAGACACCUCUGUCUAAUAUGGACACUUUGCUGUGUCCCUUCAGUGUCUGUAUUAGAGAAGACAUAUUGUAACUGUAUCUCUGAUUAUAUGUGCUGUUGUUGAAACAUUUAGCUCUCCUGCAAGACUUUUCUCCAAUCAAAGGCGGCUGGAGCACAGCUGCCAGUUUGUGUUCUAUUCUAUGUCAGUGUUGUGAUGGAGUUAGGUUGGAAGCAUCCUUAGAAUUCAAUGAAACAUUUCUACCAAAUGCUUUGGAUAAUAUGUUGAAUUUAUCCUUCAAGAUACAGGAGGUUUACUUGACCACAGAG